UCAACUUUCGGUUUAAACUAAAGCUCAACCGGAUCACGCUGAAAACAACGUUGAUAGACCACGACAUGGCUCCGCGAAUGGACGACAUCAUGGGACUUUGCUGCAAGCUGUCGGCGGACAAGCAGAUCAAAGCAGCGGUGAAGAACUCUACCAAAGGAGCAGCUGUCGCGGGCGGGACCGCUUUUUUAGGUGGUCUUUUAGGUGGCCCUCCUGGAAUAGCUUUAGGUGGUGCAGUGGGAGGCCUGCUGGGAUGCUGGAUGACCAGUGGACAGUUUAAACCUGUUCCACAGAUUCUCAUGGAGUUGCCUCCUACACACCGGCAGAAGCUUUGCACUGAUGUCAUGGCUGUGCUUGGCACUCUGGAUUGGACUGACCUUGCACAGUUAAUUGCACUGGUUAUGGGCAAUCCUACCCUACAGCAGCAAGUUACUGCUGCUCUCAUUAGCUUCGUCACUAAGGAGCUGAGGGCCGAGAUACAAUAUGGAGACUAACCAGUGGGAGGAAACUGUGAGGAACGUGACAAAGGAUGUGAACUACGAGUGUCUGACUAGCAGGGGGAUGAAAAUUUUCCUUUGUGCCUAGGCGUGGGGACAAUUAAGCUGAUGUAUAUCAAAGUGUGAGAGUUAUGUUGACUAUGUGUGCAAAAUUUAUAUCUUCAUUUAUAUAUUCAUACUGACAUUUUUUAUAUUCUUAAGAUAUCAAAAUGAUUUUUUGAGAAGAGUACCUGUUUAGUAAAUUGUGAUGCAGAUUUAAAACUCGUAGCAGGGUCAGUAAACAUAAGCAAGCCCCUGUGACUUCACUGUGG